AUAGUGCUUUCGGGGGAAUGCUGACUGUUGAAUGUGCUGCUGUCAGUGGAGCUACGCGUCUGCAGCAUGGACGAAACUGUGUCGCUAGAUUUGGCGGUGGAAGAUUUUUCGAGCGAACAUGAUAUCAAAACUCUUAUUGAAGAGAUGAAUUAUCAAGACCCUGCUUUUCUCAUAGGAAUAUUUGUUUCUUUAGCGGUGGUGAUCAUCACUAUAGUACUUCUCAAGUACUUCUUAGGUAGUAAGACCACCAGAAACGCCGUACUGUUGGUGGGACUCUGUGACGCCGGGAAAACGCUCCUUUUCAGCCGACUGUUACUGGGGAGGUUCAAGCGGACUCAGACCUCUAUAGCGGAAAACAGUGCCAUCUAUAAGGCCAAGAAUGAGCGGGGCAGCAGCUGGACGCUGGUGGACCUGCCAGGGCACGAGAGCCUGCGGCCGCAGUAUGUGGAGAAGUUCAAGGCCUCUGCCAGAGCCCUGGUUUUUGUGGUGGACAGUGCCCUCUUCCAGAAGGAGGUGAGGGAUGUGGCCGAGUUUCUCUACUCCCUGCUGACGGACAGCGUGGUGGCCAAGAACGCCCCCUCUCUCGUGGUGGCCUGCAACAAGCAAGAUAUAAGGAUGACCAAGUCAGCCAAACUCAUUCAGCAACAACUGGAGAAGGAGUUGAACACGCUGCGUGUGACGCGCUCGGCCACUCUCACCUCUCAGGAUGGAUCAGUGGGCGGAGCUGUAUACCUGGGCAAGAAGGGGCGGGACUUUGAGUUCUCCCAGCUGCCAAUGAAGGUGGAGUUUAUGGAGUGCAGCGCCCGCGGUCAUCAGGGGGACGAAGGAGACGCGGACAUUGAGGCACUGGAGAAAUACCUGGCCAAGCUCUGAGGAUCACACACACACACACACACACACACACACACACACACACACACACACACACACACACACACACAGACACACACAGACACACACGGGUUGCUGAGUGUGUGACUGAAGUGCCUGUGUGCACUCUGCCCCCCCCCCCCAACAUUACAGUGCUUGCAUCACAUCAUGUCAAGUCUUGUAUCAAAGAUUGGAUUUUUACACAAAGGAUAAAGUUGCGAUUCGGUUACAAUGUGUGGCUUUGAAUGCUGGUAAUGCUUCACUGAGGCAUCAGUGCUUUUGUUGCUGUUAAAGUAAACUAUUUGGCAUCAGUGCUUUUGUUGCUGUUAAAGUAAACUAUUUGGCAUCAGUGCUUUUGUUGCUGUUAAAGUAAACUAUUUGUUCCGUGA